UAGUGGUGCUGUGAGGAGUCUACCGAGGACUGAACUAAAAAAAAAACCCAGCAGCCUAGCACUUCCAAUGUUAGCCGAGGGUAAUAUACAUUUUAAUGCACCAUUACUCUAUAAUUACUGGCGCACGGAAUCAAAAAGGAUUAUUAUCCGUAGCAUAUCGAGUACUGAUGCAUAACUGGUCCAGCUGAGUAUAUUAGGCAUUUCCACAGUGCACCCGGAGUGAAUACCCCGUACAGCCUGUACUAAUUGAAGCCUAUAUAACUGGGGGAGAGGCAUCAAAUCAUUGAAAUGUCAACUUGAAUUGGAGGACACAAUAUAGUGACACAAUAACAAAACACGUUCAUUGACUUGGCCAUUAAGGACUCGGACUUGAAUCCAACUCGGCCCCUUUUGGACUCGGACUCGAUUGGUUAAGGACUUUGUCUCGACUUGAACUCAACAAAGCUGAUGUUUUCAAGGAAUAGAGUCACGUGAUGUAUGAGGGGAAACACAUACACUUCUCGGAGGUGGACAAUAAGCCUUUGUGCUCAUACAGCCCUAAACUCUGCAAGCAGCGCAGACUCAAUGGAUAUGCCUUCUGCAUACGUCAUGUUUUAGAGGACAAGACUGCUCCCUUUAAACAGUGUGAAUAUGUGGCCAAGUACAACAGCCAGCGAUGCACCAACCCCAUUCCUAAAGCCGAGGACCGCAGAUACUGUAACAGCCACCUGCAAGUGCUGGGCUUCAUCCCCAAGAAAGAGCGUAAGAAAAAGCAUGAUACGUUGGAUUCUGUGGCGCUGAACAUCACAGUGCCCUCUCUAGCUCUCAAAGCCUCUAAUGGUUUAGAUGGUUUGCCUCCUUCUCCACCCUGUACCCGUCUGCCCCACCUUGCCCUGUCCGACACACACCUGCUUGACCCCUUCGCCUUUUAUGAGGAGGACGGGGAUGAAGUAGAGAGCACCACACGCAAGAACUCUGUACUUAAGAGGAAACCUGCUAGUCGGCUAGUACUCAAUCAGCAAGGGCCACGCCAUGAUGCUGACCUUCCUUCACCCACGUCGGAGCAAUUGACACCAAUCACAGUGACCUGCACACUGCCCAGAUCGCCGCACCUACCAACACCAGCAGCACCACCUGCACCUCCCCCACCCACCCAGCAUGCUGGCCACGCUUCCUACAUCCAGCAGGGGGCAUCACAGGCUCUGCUAUUUAAGCCAGCACCAGCUCCGACUGGAGAAUCUCUGGUGCCUGCCACGCCCUCCCCAUCAGGCCAGCAGUACCGGAAAACCUUCCUCACUGCCCCCAGUCACCCACCUGCUGGCACGCGGGAGUGUCCACAGAGCCGCACCAUUGCUAUGCGACCCACUGCCUUCAUAGCACCUCCUGCCUGCCUGUCAAGACUACAGCAUCUUGUGCAGCUCUGUGCAAACAGACACAAAGAGCAUGGAGACCUCUUCCUUCAUCUUGGACUGGACUGGUCUGAUGAAAGUGCUGAUGAGGAUGAAGAAGCAGAAGAGAGAAUUCCUUCAUUGCCUCAGGCCUGGAGACUGCAGGAAGGGAGUCCUCACCACCAUUCCAUUGGUGAACGUGAGGAGCCUAGGCGGUCUCGUCUGGCUCAGCUCUGUACAUACCUGCAGGAGCGCUACAAGCACCUGUGUAGGCAAGAGAGAGCUGCCACUCGCCACACCAGAUACAAGUACGCCUUUAGGAAAGCUCUGCUCCAUGCAGCCAGCAAGGACCCUGACUGCACAGGAGAACUCAUCCAACAGCUCAGCAAAACAUCACACACCGUGAGCAGGCGUGCAGUACAACAGGAAGUGGAAAAAUCUGUCUGUACUGGUAGCACCAAGGGUCAACCUUGCAGCAACCCAUCUCUGCCUUUUACACGCCACUGCUUCCAACAUAUCCUGCUGAACCGCUCGCAGCAGCUCUUCUCCAGCUGCACGGCACGAUUUGCUGAUGGGCAGCAGUGCUCUGUCCCCGUCUUCGACAUCACACACCAGACACCUCUCUGUGAUGAACAUGCCAAGAAAAUGGAUAAUUUCCUGCGUGGGGAUAGCAACAGGCGGGUGCAGCAGCAGCAGAGACGACCACGUAAAAAGACCAAACCACCAGCGUUGACAAAGAAACACAAGAAAAAGAGGAGGAAAGUAGUGCGCCGUCCCCAGAAACCCAUUCCUCCUGCCCUACCACAGGGCAACCUGCCCAUGCCUCUUACAUUGGCACUGCCCACUCACCAUGCCAGUAUCAGGAGUCCCUCUACACCUGACCUCAGUGCAGAUGAACUUCCUGAUGACAUCACCACUGAUAUAGCAGACAUUCCAAAUGAUUUGGAGUUGAAUCAGGAAGACUUUUCUGAUGUGCUGCCCAGAUUGCCUGAUGAUCUGCAGGACUUUGACCUGUUUGAGGGUAAGAAUGGUGAGCUUCUUCCUACCACAGAAGAGGCAGAGGAGCUGGUUCGUGCGCUACAGGCGAUGGGUUCAUAUCCUGACACGCUGGUGUGUUUAAACUCCAUGGCCGAACUGGCCCCGGCUGAUGACCAUCGCGCUAUGAGUGUCUUCUCUGGUUCCGGGGUCACGGUGACCGCCAUGGGCGACCUACUAAACGGCCGAAUAGCAUCGGACAGCUUCCCGAGUCUGGAGCUGGAGGACAAUCUCCUUCAUCACUCAGCAGAUGAGCAUUUCCCUCCAUCCCUGUCUCCGCAGCCACCACCAGCCACUGCCUCAAUGCCUGCUGCUGGCUCGAACCGUGCACUGAAUGAGCGAACGUUCCCUCACUCGGCUCUCCUUAAACGAGAGCCUGCGCUGCCCUCCUCUCCUCCAGGCAGCCAUUACAGUAGUGACCACGUGCCGUCUCCUUACAGCGACCAUAUCUCCUCCCCACACUCUGCCUCCUACCAGACUGAGCCUCCUCUCCUGCUGGAGGUGCCUCUCAGCGGAUUACCAGGCGCUCCUCGCUCCUCCUGGAGCAACCUCGCCCUCUCCCUCACAGAACCAAUGCAGUUUGGGAACCUCUUGACACAGGACACUCAUCUCCUCUCCACCGCUCUGUCUACUCCUCCCUCCAUCACACACCCACCCUCUGCUCCCUCCUCAUCUCCUCCAAACUCCCCCCGUGACCUGCUCAGCACUAGCCAGCCCAAACUGCAGCUCCCACAAUUCAGCGCAGCCUUCGGUCAUCAGCUCGCCUCUCACAGCGGCAUCCCGAAAGACGUACAGCCCAGCCACAGUUCCACAGCGCCCCCGACGGGAUUCACGAGUGCUGGUGUCACUGCUGCAGGUGCCAACAGUGUUGCACCUACUUUCCAGCAGAGCAAGUGAAAAGAACAGACAGGCAUGUACAUGCACCCACCCCCACAUCUUAGCCUUUUCAGGGUUCUGUUGAAGCAGUUGAAGGGGAGGGGGUAUCAUGAUGUUUUCUUGUGCUGAGUUUGUGUUUCAGUUGGAGGUCUGGUUUAACCCAGCACAGCAGUCACCAUGUUACUGCCUCUCCCACGUCACCACAUCAUUUACUGACCCCUCUGUCUCUCAUUCAAGGCUUCAGUAAGCAGAAGCAGACAGCAUUGAAGUGUCUGUGCUGUU